AUGCAUCAUUUCACCUGUUUAGACUCUAGACACUAUAAACACAGUGGUUGGUGGAGGUGGAAGCCAAGCGACUGGGAAGAAAAAGGUGUCUUGGUCUCCAAUCACCCGCGAGUGGACUUGGCACAUGCAAUAAAAGUGGAGCCAUCGUACACAGUUUCGAAGAAGAGACCUUUUCCUGCUCCUCCAUCAAACUAUGAUGGCAUCGAGGAGACGUUGCAGAGGUUGAUUUCUGACUGCACCCGGACCUUGUCUGCUGAUCUGAAGGCAGGGUUUCAGAAAUAUGACCGGCAACUAGCUGCACUUACCUCGACAGUUGCUGGUAUGGAGCGUAGUGUUAAGCAGCUGAUGGAGGCAAGGCUAAAGAGCAGUUUAGAUCAGAUGAAACCGGCUGCAAAGAAGAUGAAAGUGGCUCCAAAGAAGAUGAAACCGGCGCUAAAGAAGCUGAACCUGCUCUACUGGUUAGUAUUGAUCCCUCUUCCAAAUCUCAACAACUUCUUCCAAAGUGCAAGAUAA